CGCCGGUCCCCGGCGCUGCCGCGGGAGGCCGCACCCGCCAUGGCGGCCCGGGCCGUGCUGGACGAGUUCACGGCGCCCGCCGAGAAGGCGGCGCUGCUGGAGAGGAGCCGCGGCCGCAUCGAGGGCCUGUUCGGCGUGAGCCUGGCGGUGCUGGGCGCGCUCGGGGCCGAGGAGCCGCUGCCCGCGCGCAUCUGGCUGCAGCUCCGCGGGGCGCAGGAGGCGGUGCACAGCGCCAAGGAGUAUGUGAAAGGAAUCUGUGAACCUGAGCUAGAAGAAAGAGAAUGUUAUCCUAUAGCCAUGCAUUGCAUUUUUGUUGGGGCAGAGAACCUGUUUCUGAAGAGCUUGAUUCAGGAUACUUGUGCUGACCUCUGUGUCUUAGACAUUGGUCUUCUUGGCAUCAGAGGAAGUGCCGAAGCUGUGGUCAUGGCCAGGAGCCAUAUUCAGCAAUUUGUAAAGCUCUUUGAGAAUAAUGAGAAUAUACCCAGCAGUCAGAAAGAAUCAGAGAUAAAAAGGGAAUUCAGACAAUUUGUUGAAGCCCAUGCAGACAAUUAUACAAUGGAUUUGUUAAUUUUGCCCACUUCCUUGAAGAAAGAACUUUUAACACUCACACAAGGUGAAGAGAAUCUAUUUCAAACAGGUGAUGAUGUUAUUGAAGUUAGAGAUGACCAACAACCAGGGUUUACACAGAGUACUGACACAGAGAUGAAUAUUACUAGAGAUGAAAUUGUUAUGCAGGAAGAUGCAAGAGAUAAAGCUGGGACUCCUAUUUCUGAGCUUACAAAACAAAUGGACACAGUCUUUUCUAGUUCACCAGAUAUGCUUAAAGUUCCAGUAAAUGGGGCUAGUCCAGAUGAAGAGGCACUUUCCAAAGAGAGAGCUUGUUACAAAAGGAGAUAUUCUGAUUCGGAGGAAAGGCAUACCAAGAAGCAAUUUUCUUUAGAAAAUGUUCAAGAAGAAGAGCUCUUACAUGGUGAUAAGGCAUCGGCUGGAAAUGUAAUUAUUGAUUUAUCUGAUUCUUCUACUGAGGGAAAUUUAAGUCCAGAUAUAAAAGACACUACUGAGGAAAUGGAAUACAACAUCCUUGUAAACUUUUUUAAAACUAUGGGCUAUUCCCAAGAAAUUGUUGAAAAGGUCAUUAAGGAGUAUGGGCCUUCUACUGAACCAUUAUUACUCUUAGAGGAAAUUGAAAAGGAAAAUAAAAAGUUUCAAGAAGACAGUGAACUUUCACCUGAUACUGCAUAUCCAGAUACCAACAAAAAUAAAAGUAUUAGCAGCACAAAUGAGUUUACAACAGAUUCCAUUCAGAAGAAAACACAGAAUCACACACAGCAAAAUAUGGUAGAAAAUUUUACUGUGUUAACAUCUAAACCAUGUACCUCAAAUUGCAAAAUUAGUACUUUCAGAACUGUGCCAAGAGAACAGAAACAUGAAAUCUGGGGUCCAAACCAGAAUUAUAGUUGUAACAUAGACCUUGAAACUGAUGGCCUUUCACCCUCUGUUGCCCCUUCAAGCCCCAAAGAAAUUAAUCUUGUCUCCAGAGGAGUCUCAAGUCACCAGCAAAGAAGUCCAGUUUUUCCUGAAAAUGGUUUACAACAGCAUUCAGAACCCUUGCUUCCAAAUAAUAGGAAGUCUCCCUGUGAGAAACAUUCAGGAUGUUGUACCUCUCCUCAGUCUAAGCCAAAUUGCCUGUCCAUUUCUCCAUCAAUGCCACAGUCCCAGAUGUUACCUUCGGUUUCUGAUGCAAGGUUUGCAGGACCUUCUGAUUAUAUCGAUUCCUCAGUUACAGGGGUUCAAAGAUUUCGAGAUACCCUAAAAGUGCCCUACAAGUUGGAAUUAAAAAACGAACCAGGAAGAAUGGAUUUGAAGCAUAUUGUUAUAGAUGGGAGCAAUGUUGCAAUUACCCAUGGCCUGAAAAAGUUCUUUUCUUGUCGUGGAAUUGCAAUUGCAGUUGAAUAUUUUUGGAAGCUUGGCAACAGAAACAUCACGGUAUUUGUCCCUCAGUGGAGAACAAGGCGUGACCCUAAUAUCACAGAGCAGCACUUCUUAACCCAGCUCCAGGAGCUUGGAAUAUUAUCUUUAACUCCUGCACGGAUGGUCUUUGGAGAAAGAAUUGCUUCUCAUGAUGACAGGUUUUUACUACACUUAGCGGACAAAACUGGUGGCAUAAUUGUAACAAAUGAUAACUUCAGAGAAUUUGUGACUGAGUCAAUCUCCUGGCGAGAAAUUAUUACAAAAAGAUUGCUUCAGUAUACAUUUGUGGGGGACAUAUUUAUGGUUCCUGAUGAUCCUUUGGGAAGAAGUGGACCUCGACUAGAAGAAUUUCUUCGGAAGGAUGUCUUUUCAAGAGACAUGCAGCCGCUGUUCAGUGCUCUGCCCAGUGUGGGCAUGUUUGACCCCAGUUUCAGGGUCUCUGGUACCCAGGUAGCCAGCACCAGCCACCAGCCUCUGCCCCGGAUUCAGGGAGCCUCUUCCAGCCCCUGGCUCCCUCAGCAAUCCCACUUCCCCCUCCUACCAAACCUUCCUGCUGUGCAACACAAUCUGCCCAUGCCAGCACAGAGGUCUUCUGCGGAAACCAGUGAAUUGAGGGAGGCCCUGCUAAAGAUCUUCCCCGACUCCGAGCAGAGACUGAAAAUCGACCAGAUCUUGAUGGCCCAUCCAUACAUGAAAGAUCUGAAUGCCCUCUCUGCCAUGGUGUUGGACUGAAGGUUAUGCUACAAAGCUUGAGCUCAGGGCCCACUGAUCACACUCGAGCUGACUGCUGUCUGCAAUGGGAAAAAUAAUGUGAAGAAACCUUUUCUCCAGUGUGAACAUUGUUAUAUUGUACAGAGAAAAGAAAAAUGUUUUUGUUGUAUACAAAAAUCUGGGUUUUCAAAGCCAGCUUUUUUCUAUAUAUACAUUAUGCUGCUAUUACAGAUUUAACAUUUUCUGUAAAAGGAAAGUCUACAUUUUCUGCCUGUUCAGAGCUGUUUAAUAGCAGUUACUCUUGAGUGUAUUUACAUUUUUAUGUUUUUUAAACUAUUUUCCUUAAAGCUGAAGAUAUUGAUAAAUGGAUAUGGUUAGCCUUUCUAAAAUAAUAAUUAAAGAGUCAUUUUCUUAAGGAAAGCAAGACCUCUUAAAGUAUAUUUUCUUGAGAUGAAUAUGUCCUGUCCACUAACAGGAAGUUUGCUCCUCUCACAUCCUCUCCCUCCCUGGUUUGGGAUCAGUUUGUUCCAAUGGGGGUCUUUUGUUGGAGCCAUUUAAGAGUGGACAAUAAGAGCCACUAGAUGGCACUUUGUGCCUAGUCAUUGGUAAUGACCAGGACAAAGUUAGACCCAGAUGGCCAGGGCUAGAAAGAAGUUCUAGAGAUCCUAAGAGUCCUGUUCCUCCCUUUCCACACUGCAAAAGAGGUCAGAACCCAGCCAGAGUGCUCACUGUACAGACAUGCCUGCAGGUAGUAGCUGGGCAGACCAGACUGUACACCCUGUGCUUCGUGCACUGACUAGGUUGGGUCCCUGGGCACCUGACCAGAUUCUGCCUCAGAAGGCUGAGACAAAGUGUGAGUUUUGUGAAGAGUUCCUUUGUUGUGAUGAGCUUAUUUCCACAGCCUAUAGCUAUGGGAGAUGCCCUGAUGUAGAAUUUGUACUGCUUUGCCAAAAACAAAAACAAAACAAAAACCAGCCUUUUUCUAUUCUCUAGUGACCCAAGCCAAUAAAUAGCAUUAGUAGCUUCUGUGGGGUAGAGUGGGGUCCUGGAGCCCCUUUGUUUUCCUGUUUGUCUCCUAGGAGUUUCCUAAGCAGCUCUUCUGUGAAUCUUUCUCAGAUCUAAUUCUUAGUAUUGUCUUUAUUCAGUGUUGCUCUAAUUCUGUGUCAGUGAAAUCCUUUUCCUGGUAAUUCUUAGAAUAUUCUUAUCUGGACCUUCAAAGGGCUUUGUAUUUUAUGCCUGUGCCCUCCCAGGUUGUUCACAGUCUUACAUCUGCCCUGUGGAUCAUGUCUCUCCUGUCUCCCCAGAAUAGUAACUGAAGAGUCAGUGUCAAUUUGUUUUUCGUGGUGCAGGGACUGGAUGGCACCCCAGAAUGGUCCCACUAGGCAUGUGUCUUCUUUGAUUUUGCUUGAUGUCUGCAUUAGAAUGGUAAAUCUAGAGGAAUCUAGAGCCCUCCAGGUACCCAGGCUUGUAUUUCAAUCCUUUUCCCUAAGUGUUGCGAUGACAUUCUACUAUGGGACUGGUAAUCAGCUAUCUCUUUGGGCUAGGUUGCCAGCCUGGACAGCUGUGGAAGUAGGAGCUUCCACAGAAAACUUGAGGCAAGCCACAGAGGUGGCCAAGUCUCAGCACCCUGUGCUCAGCUUCACAGCUGGCUGUUGUCCAAAUGCACUGAGGCAGAGGUGUGAAGGAUGUCUCACAAGGACUCCCCUCCUGUCUCAGAUUCAGCGCAGUAGUUGUCUGGAGUCUGAGAGGAAAUUAUUUUUCUCCUAUUGCCAGGGUAGUCAGGAAUUUUCAAGGUUCUGGAAAUACUUUGAACAUGGCUUUAGAAUUCUAUAAGCCUGUAUUUUUGUGUUGUUCCUGAAAGAUAAUCUCCUCCUUUCUCCUCAUGGGAGGGGAGAACAGAAAGUGAGAGAACAAGAAACAUUAAUUACUUUGUAAAUUAUACCAUGAAACAUAAUUCACCAUCUUUUUGAAAUCUGUUUAGUUAGCCUGUGAGUUUAAAACUCCAGUUGCCCAACCAUUAAGGAUAAUUUGUGAUUUGUCUCCAGCUACCUCCUCUCCUCUACUAGAUGUAUGUAGAUUGUUAGCCUCCAUCUGUGGCUGUCCGUGGGAAGUUGGCUAUAACUCUGCCUUGUGUUGAAACUCCCGGUUUAGGAGUUUCAAAGCAUAGCUUUGCCUCCUUUGUGUCAUGAUACUUGUGAGAGGUGGUUGUUGAGGCAGAAAGUGUCACAUUUCCUCAGCUGACAAGGUACUGCUCACAGGUUUGUCCAGGUCAGAGGACAAGUGAGCUGGAUUUCCUGAGACCCCAGGCUGCCCCUCUAGAAGUUAAAGUCUUGUUUCAUCCGUCUAGUAACCUGUGUUUGAGACCCUAGAGGCUCCCAGUUAGAACAGUUAGAAGAUGCUUCUAUUUUUUUGGGUGAUGGGUAGCAUUGUUAAUAGGCUUGGCUGUCAGGGCCUAUGGUGUUGGUGCGAGUUAUACUUAUGUAAACUUGCUGUGUUUCUUGUGUAAUGUGAAGAACUCCAGGAUUGACACAGGGAAUUCCAAGUCCUCUGCUAUUCCCUCAGCCUACUCCUGCCCCAACGCCUUGGGGCAACUGCUGCCAACCCUGGGCCCACUGCAUCAGACUCGCCUUAGCCCACCUCCACACCUCUGAGUUGUUGCCACCUCUGUCUCCAUCUCCUCAGUUCAGCUUCCUUCUUGUUUGUCUUUCCUGCAAUAUCCCUGAGCCCUCUCUCCUCUGUCUUCUCUCUUCUCUUCCUCUCCUCCUCUCUUCCUCUCCUUCUUCCUCCCCCUUCCUCUCCCCUCUCUUCUCCCUUGCCCUCCCUCUUUGUCCCAUCCCCUCCUCCCUGUAACUUAUUUAGUUAGGUUGCUCUCUUCCAUAUUUUCAUUAGUUACCUCCCCACUGCUCACAGGUUUCUGAUCCUUUUGAUAAAAUAAGCUGACCUCCUCCCCCAUGAUCAUGUCUGUUCAUUGCUAGUACUUACCCUGACUCCCUACUCUCAGUUUGCAAACUAGGCUUUCUCCCCACCACAUGCAAGUAAUAUAGCCAGCGACCAAGAUUGGUGGCUUCUUCUCAGUGUGCAUACUCAACAGCCAAAGUUCCAUGCCAUUGACCUUAUUCUCCCCAUCUUUUCUUUCUUCCCUAUUUUUUUUUUCCUUUUUCCUGAAGGUUAGUCCCUAAUACCUUCUUUCUCAAUAGGUAGUCCCUAAACUUUGGUCACCCACAGGAUUCAAGGUGGCUCUUAAAGCCUGGAGAUCUACCACCUCCAUGCUCCCCGGGUGACCCACAGGUAGAUGGUCCACAGGCCAUAUUUGAGAAGUUCUAUGCUCAGGUGAGGGUCAGCACUCUUUGCUCUCCCCACUGGCCUCUUUGAGGUGCUGUGUAAACUGUUGCUAGCUUUGAGGAACCCUCCUCAGACUUACAGCCUGCCUCUGUUAUCCUUCUCCUUGCCCAUCUACCCUUGGAAGGUUCUCUUUAUCUUCCUGUUCCAGGUUAUCCUCUCCCUCUUAUGUGAUCUCCAGUGGCUAUGGGACCAGAGCAUCAAGUUCAGGCUCCCUGGACUGUCCAUGGCUGUCUAGCCUUCAUUGUUUGCUCUGUUUCCUCUUCAUGCUCGACCCAUACCUGUGGGCCCCUGUCUACCUAUAUACCCCUUCUCUGUUAGAAAUGCCCUUUUCCCUUUUCAGAGACCUAGCAGGGAGUCCUCAGUCUGCCCUUGCCCUGUGCUCUGACCAGAAGCAGCCCCAUGGUGUUCUAUAGCCCCACAGCACUUUUGUGUUUUGCUUCUGGCAUUUGCUGCCCUGGCUGGUGUCACUGCAGCUGAUUGUGUGGUUAUGUACUGUUACUAUGUCUUGCCUCUCUAGACUGUGAGCUCCUCGUGGGCAGGGACUUCAAUGUUCACUUUGUAUUUUCCAUGGCACCUAGCACAGUGCCUUGCACUUGAUAGGUGCUCAAUAAAUGUCUGCUCAAGUGA